UUUCCUAACCUGUCCCAAGUCCUAGUCCGUUGAACGAAAACAUUGUGCAGUGCAGAACUCAUUGAUUUCGAUUGGAAUUAUUCUUUUUACCGUCGAUGUAAUGCUUGAAAAAGUUGAGAUAGAAAAAAUUGUAUAAAUAUCGAAUUAUGGCUUCAUUAUACAAGUCCAUUUAUCCGGUCAAAUAUUUGAGGGAUUAUCUGACACAAAAUAUCAGGCCUGACGGUAGAGAUUUUUUGACUUUUCGACCAAUCAGCAUCAAUGUUUCUUCCAUCACACAUGCAGACAGUUCAGCUAUAUUUAAAAUUGGCAAUACAACUGUAGUCUGUGGAAUCAAAGCUGAAUUGUCAGUCCCGAAGGCAGCAACACCGGAUAAGGGAUAUGUUGUUCCGAAUGUUAGUCUCAGCCCGAUCUGCUCACCAAAAUUCAGACCCGGACCACCCAGUGAUCAAGCUCAAGAAACUUCACAACUUGUUUACAGUAUUUUGAGAGAUUCAGACAUUCUAGAUCUCUCCAGUCUUUGUAUUUGCAAGGACAAGCUUGUUUGGGUUCUGUACUGCGAUAUGGAAUGCAUAGACUGCGAUGGUUCAGUUAUCGAUGCAUGCAUCGGUGCUCUAAUAGCUUCACUUGCUACUUUGACACUUCCCGAAGUGGCGUAUAAUCCUGAAACUGGUUCAACAAUUGUUCACACCAGCAAAAGACACUCUGUUCCUAUAAAAAGUUUAGUCACGAGUACGACAUUUGCUGUAUUUGAUAACGAGCUUCUUAUCGCUGAUCCAACAGAAGAAGAGGAAACUCAGUCCCUGACACACUUUACUAUAGCAAUGGAUAAGGAUGUCUUGUGCUGUGUCCAUAAACCAGGUGGUGUGGCGAUUUCAACAGAUCUUUUUGUCAAGAGUUUGACAAGAGCCAAAAAGCGAGCAGAACGUGUCCGAGAAUUGAUUGAUACAGCAAUAACAUCAAAAUAACGAUUUCUUAUAAUAAAAAAUAAAGAAUUUUGUAUGGAAAAUAAGAAACGAAGUUGUAUAAAUUA